GGAUAAUCCAAAUAUUUGAGGAUAAUAUGACUGAGUUAUGAUUUUAUAAACCAGAUCAGCGAAAAUUUUAGCUCGGGAGCCACUUGCCGUYRAGAAAUUUGGCUUUGAAAACCUACCCRCCAUUAAUUUYUUAACUCACGGCCAAACAUAUUUAGGUCAGCGGUAACCCACUGCGUGACGUCAUUUACUCAACCAUUUAGCUUGGACUUUACUUCAACCAUACAAUCUCUUURUGUUUGGUCGAUAUUUACAAGCUCUUUUCAAGCAUUGAAAAAUAAUAUAUUGCUCUUUGAAUUCAAAAUUAUCAUGGAAGAACCUCCUAGUAGUCAGUUAAAUUACUCUGAAGAGUUAGAACCCGKCGCAACUGAAGAGGAAAUAGAAUCUUACGAGCAGCAAGUUCGAGUGGARCAAGAGGAAGAAGAGAUGCUCAGAGACAGAUUUUCUGAGGUGAYUGAACUUCGAAAUUGGUGCUCAUGUGGAAGUUGCUCGUUGGUUCUAGCUACAAAACACGAAGAGUGUUUUUGUUGCAAAGACAUUGAUCGGUGUCGAGAGAAGCUAGAGGAAUUCGAGGAAGAUCUCGAUUGUAUAAUAGACCAUCCGGGCUUUCGGUCGGUAUGUUUGGAUGAGUGGGUUUUGGAGGCCGCAGCCAUAGGUUUGAAGACAAGAAGAGGCCGUAGUUACACAGUCUUGCGACACAGAGGGCUAAAAUCCGAAGAACAAUUCUUUCGAGCAGUUGCAUCACAGGUAGCCCAAGCUUGGUUUCUGUGGUGUCUUGGGCUACCUGUGGUUGCAUAUCGGCAGUUUUAUCGCCUGAUAUGGGAAUAUGAUGGAAAACGAACUCGACUCCCUCUACCCUGUUGUGUGUAUAACGCAGUACGAAAUCAGUUCCCUUCCCAAGAUGGAAUAUACCGGGGAUUCGAAGAAGAGGAAGAAGAGGAAGAAGAGGCAGAAGAAUCUGAGACUGACACUGAAAAUGAAGAGGAAGAACUGCAGUUUGAAGAAGAAAAUGAUUCGGCAACGGAAUAAACAUUGUUGAUGUCACGUGACUAGUGAGCUGUCUAACAUGKGUGUAUUGGCUCACACGCUGUUUAUAGGUGCAGUGGAUUCCAGAGUGUGUUGGAAAGCAGUUUUUGUAAACUCUUAUAAAAUGAUAAGAAAUGACUUUCCUAUUGAARGCACUGCCACAGAAAUAAAAAUAAGGCCAAGGCCGUUUUGUUCUCUUCUUGUGGAACAUUUUGAAAAUAAAAGUACUUAAAGUGCCCCUUGGACGAAAA